AUGGAGAAAUCUACUUCUGGAUAUGAGGCUCUCGACUAUCCCGACGAGCCUUCUUCAGGGGACGACUUUCCGCUUGGUAGUGACUCGCACGUCAACAACAAAACUCGAAGCGAAUAUCGAGCUACGGCGCACCAACGCGGGCUCUUACUUUUCAUAUCAGUUGCAGUGGUCGUGGUCAUUGGAUGUGGUCUGCUCUACACGCUACAGGCACUCAGUCCGGUUGCCCCGGAGGAGAGGGCGUCACUGAUCGGAGUCUGCUCCAACAACCCCGAGAAAUCUCGCGACAAAGGCUGUGUCUUUGACCCAAUGAUGUACAACUGGGUGCAAGAGCCCUGUUAUAAGAGAGAUUUAUCAGACAAGUACUUUGCAGCUGGAAACUGGACUUUCUUUGCCGACGCCAAGGGAACGCAACCAAUUUCAGAGUCAGCUAUCCGUCAAGGCGACGCCAUCACCGUGUGGGUGACAGGUGACUUCCACUAUAGCCACUGUGCCUACAUACUGCACAAGAGGCUGGUUGCGGAGGAACCAGGCUCCAUCGCUAUGGACACCAAGUCCCGACCCAUCGCUCAUACUGAACAUUGUUUCAAGUGGCUGAGCAAGCCGAAACCGCAGGUGUUCGACCUCGUCACGCUGAACUUCUCGCGGGAGGCAUUGGGCUGCGUCCAGGGGCGGCUAGGGGUCGACUGCUACUCGCCCGAGCACGCAGAAAUUUGUUGGCCAGGUCAGAAUCACUCCACGGCCCACCAUGCCAUAGAGAAAUAG